AUGGUUGCGCUACGGUUGCGCUACGGUUGCGUUACGGUUGCGCUACGGGAGCACAUAAUAUUUGCAUCUGGAAACAUAGAAAUAAAAAGAUCAGAUAUUGACUUUCUGCUCACAAUUGAUUGGUUAGCAGAUAACCAUGUUGAUGCUUUUGCUUUCUUUCUACUUGAGCAGAGUAGGUUAAUGACGGAGAAAUUUCAACGUUACUUGUACAUUUCUCCAUUGUACAGGGUAUACAAGUCAUUAAAUCUGGAUUAUCAAAUUUUUAUCAAACACAUUAAUCCAGUUUCAGUUAAAGAAAGUAAACUUAUUAUUCAACCCAUAAUUUAUGAGAAGCAUUGGGUUCUUCUUGUUGGGAAAUUGAAGGAGAAAGUCUGGAAAAUGUAUGAUUCAUUACCAAAUCCUGAACACAAAAAUAUUUGUCAUACUAUUAUAAAGUAUUUGCACGAAGACACCAUAGGAUGCUUUUCAACCGAUAUAACGAAAUGGAACGUACAGGCGGUUCGUGGAAUUCCAACACAAACAAACAGCUACGAUUGUGGAAUGUUCGUUUGUAAAUAUAUGGAAAAGGCAGUGCUACGAAAGAAACCAGACUGGACUGCUCUUAAAGAUUGGCAAACGCUUAUGCCAAAAUUUAGGGCAGA